CGCGCAGCCGCCCGCCCGCCGCGGCCCCGGGGCCCGUCUCACCCGCUCGCUCGGAGGCAGCAGCAACAGCAGCGGCGGCGGCCGCGGGCAGGGCUCGCACGCACUCAGGCGGGCGGCGGCAGGAGCAGCGGCCCGGACCCGGAGCGGCGGUGAAUAAAAGCUCUUCAAGUCUGCAAUAAAAAAUGGCCUCCAAUAAAACUACAUUGCAAAAGAUGGGAAAGAAACAGAAUGGCAAGAGUAAGAAAGUGGAAGAAGCCGAGCCUGAGGAGUUUGUGGUGGAGAAAGUGUUGGACCGGCGAGUGGUGAACGGGAAAGUGGAAUAUUUCUUAAAAUGGAAAGGAUUUACUGAUGCCGACAACACGUGGGAACCCGAGGAAAACUUGGAUUGUCCAGAGUUAAUUGAAGCAUUUCUAAAUUCCCAGAAGGCUGGUAAAGAAAAAGAUGGAGCCAAGAGGAAGUCUUUGUCUGACAGUGAGUCAGAUGACAGCAAGUCAAAGAAGAAGCGUGAGUCGGCCGACAAGCCACGGGGCUUUGCACGGGGCCUUGAUCCAGAGCGAAUCAUUGGUGCCACGGACAGCAGUGGAGAGCUGAUGUUUCUCAUGAAGUGGAAAGAUUCCGACGAGGCCGACUUGGUGCUGGCCAAAGAAGCCAACGUGAAAUGCCCUCAGAUAGUCAUCGCCUUUUACGAGGAGCGACUGACCUGGCACUCCUGUCCUGAAGACGAAGCGCAGUAACCGUUUGCAUCGCUUUUUUAGAAAUAUAUAUAUAUACACACACACAUAUAUAUAUAUUACCAAACCUGGAUAUUGAUUUCAUUGUUUGAUUUGUUAGCAGUGUGAGCGCCAUCUCCAUCUAAUGAGAACUCAGUUGGGUAGGUUUUAAAGUAGGUUUUUGUUUUUGUUUGGUUUGUUUUUCGUUUGGGCUGGUUUUUACUUUGCAGCAGCAGCACUGGUAACUGAACAAGUAAAUACAAGCUUUCUGCAUUUACUUAACAUUUAUCACAGAAGAGAGCAUUUGAUACUAUGGAAUUAUUAACUUCCUCCACAGUAGAGAAAAACUUUUAUAAAUACUGAUUAAUACCUUCUGUAGUCACUACUCUGAAUCCUAAGAAGUGUUUAGCCCCCAUGUAUGCCUAAGGUUAGCUGUCUAAGAAAUUGUUGUGUCCAGGUAGCAUUUCCCAUGAUGCUCAGAGUGGCAGAAAAUGUGCUGCCUUCCCUUCUCCAACCACUAGAACAGAAUGAUUGUGUAGGCGCGUCAAAGCCUUGCCGGGGUGUUCAUGGUAGUGUGCGCUCAGUGUCUGGGCCCUGUUAGGGUGGUGGUGAGCAUCUUCCCUGUGGGCGCAAAGGCAGCUCCAAGAACACGCAGAAGGGGACAGCUCCACAUUUGUUAUCCAAAAGGGAUCCUCUUCCCAAAGCCUGAGGUCCAGAUCUGGCUGGGCAAGACCCCCGUCUGCUGGGGCUCCCCACGGCCCAAUAUCUCCAACGGUGACGUUGCCCAAUGCUAGGUUAGAAACGUGUGUGGGGAAAUGUUGCCGACACUUGUUUGAACGUUUACCUGAAAUGUUGAAAUAGAACCGUUUUGGCCUUGAUUUUAAAAAAGGAAAGCUUGGACUUCCUGCUUCAGAAAGUAGGGGUGUCCCAUCUUAUUUUACUAACCAAAGGGUCCUUUCUCAAUCAUGUAGUAACAUCCCCGUCUGCUGGAACAUAAAUAUUCUGCCCAAAGGGCAGGCAUUUGGGGGGGGGGGUUGUGUUUUCCUAACUAUGGGCAUAAAUGGGGAAGCAGACUUACCCAUGUUAUGUAGUCUUCUAUACUCUUGAUGUGCAUGUUUUUCCUUUAUCCCAACCCAUCCCUUCACGUAGAACCAGCCUUUUGAGUAUUUGGGUCACUUGGCUCCGCGGGAGUCAGGCAAAAAAAAUAACUUUGUAGUCAUUGGAAUGUUAUACAACUGUAUAUUGUUUACUUUAUUGUAAAUACUGGUGAACAGUGGUCAAUAAAUAGUUUUAUAUUCUUCCUUUA